GAGGCGCUGCCUCUGAGUCGCGGAGGGGCGGUAACGGGCCUGGGCCGCCUACUCUUCAACAUGGAUGCGGCCGAGGUGGAGUUUUUGGCCGAAAAGGAGUUGGUGACUAUCAUCCCGAACUUCAGUCUGGACAAGAUCUACCUGAUCGGGGGGGACCUGGGGCCCUUCAACCCCGGCUUACCCGUGGACGUGCCCCUGUGGCUGGCCAUUAACCUGAAACAGAGACAGAAGUGCCGCCUGUUACCUCCGGAAUGGAUGGAUGUGGAGAAACUGGAACAGAUGCGUGAUGAGGAGCGGAAGGAGGAGACAUUCACCCCAGUGCCCAGCCCGCACUACAUGGAGAUCACGAAGCUCCUGCUGAAUCAUGCUUCUGACAACAUCCCCAAAGCAGACACCAUCCGGACACUGAUCAAAGACCUGUGGGACACACGCAUGGCCAAGCUUCGAGUGUCUGCUGACAGUUUUGUGCGGCAGCAAGAGGCACAUGCCAAGCUGGACAACCUGACCUUGAUGGAGAUCAGCAGCAGCGGGGCCUUCCUCACCCAGGCCCUCAACCACAUGUACAAGCUCCGCACAAACCUCCAGCCCUCCGAGAGCACCCAGUCGCAGGACUUCUAGCCAGAGGCCUCUGCUGUGCAAACCCUGCUGUGUGCCCUGUGUGGCGGAGAUUGGGGGAAGAGUGUGGAACACUGGUAAGGUUGCUGCCCGUCUUUGUCAGAGGUCAGCCAUACUGCAAGUUCAACUCCAUUGAACAGAGAAGCCGCCAGCCUUUCUCUUCCACCCAAGGACUGCACGCCAAGCACAGCGAGUGUUCGGGCCAGCUCAGCUCAAGUGUCUUCAAGCUUGGCCCGUGGAAAGCUGUAUGUAGUUGAGGCUGAGCGUGAGGGUGGGGGUGGUGAUACAAAAAGAUGAAUUUCGUCUUAACAUGAUUUAGGAAGAUUUUAUUUUUCGGGAUGUCAGAAAUUACAGCAAUAUAUUCAUAAAUACCUAAUUACUACAUUCAACAAAUAAUAUUACAAUACAGUUAAUUCAAACAAG